GGGGCGGGCCGGGCCUGGGCCUGCUCUCGCGCCCGCUCCCCAGCGCGGGCGCUGCCGGGCGGGCGGCGGGGCGGAACAUGCUUCGGGAGGACGCACACGGUAAAUGGACAGUGUCCAGCAGUGAUGAAAGUGCCGAGGAAAAUUCGGACAGUGAAAAACCAUGUACAUCUUCACUAUCGGAUGCUGCGUGUGGUAGUACUAGUGGACCACAAUAUCCAUGCUCUGAAGCUAGGAAAGCUGCUCACAAGAGAAAAGCUUCCCCCGUGAAGUUCACUGAUACGAGUCUUUCUGCAGAAGCACCUCCAGCAGUAAAACAGAGACCAAGUCAAGAAGGUUCAGGUUGGUGUCUUUCUAGUAGUGAUGAAGAGCCUGAAGACGAGCAAAAGCAUGCCCACAAAGAAACAGUGAAAGAAGAAAAACACGAUGUGUCCGAAGAGCAUCCUUUGAAUCUUUGCAAAGAUGACAAACUCUCAGAGAAUCUGAAAGAGGAGGAGUAUGAUGUAACACCCAGUGAAGCCCAGGAUACCUGGGAUUUGGUGACUGGAGGCAAUCCUUUCAGGUUUUUUCUCACUAAAGUCAGAGGAAUUGAACGGAACUAUAAUUCUGGAGCCCUGCACAUAAAAGAUAUUUUGUCUCCUCUUUUUGGAACUCUCAUAUCUUCUGCCCAGUUUAACUACUGUAUAGAUGUGGGAUGGCUUGUAAGACAGUACCCGCAGGAAUUCAGGAAGAAGCCAUUGCUGAUAGUUCAUGGUGAGAGGAGAGAAUCCAAAGCUGAACUAAUUGCACAAGCACGGCCUUAUGAGAAUAUUAGCUUUUGUCAGGCUAAACUGGAUAUUGCAUUUGGAACUCACCAUACGAAAAUGAUGUUGUUGCUGUAUGAAGAAGGUCUUCGAGUUGUGAUACAUACAUCCAAUCUUAUUGCUGAUGAUUGGCACCAGAAAACUCAGGGAAUAUGGUUAAGCCCUUUAUAUCCAAGGCUACCUGAGGGAGCAUCUGGUGGUGAAUCUGCAACUAAUUUUAAAUCUGACCUAAUAAGUUACUUGGCAGCUUACAAUUCUCCUGCACUCAAGGAAUGGAUAGAUCUGAUUCAAGAACAUGAUUUAUCAGAAACAAGAGUGUUUCUGCUUGGUUCUACCCCUGGACGAUAUCAAGGCAGUGAUAAAGAAAAGUGGGGCCAUCUUAGGCUCAGAAAGCUUCUGAAGGAGCAUGCUGUGCCAAUAGCAGAGUCCUGGCCUCUUGUUGGGCAGUUCUCAAGCAUUGGUUCGGUGGGAGCUGAUGGGUCCAAGUGGCUUUGCUCAGAGUUCCAGGACAGCCUGGUGGCUGCAGGCAGCAGUGUGACAGCUUUCCGGAAAUGUGAUGUCCCAAUUCAUCUGGUUUAUCCCACUGUGAACAAUGUGAGGCAAAGUCUAGAAGGCUAUCCUGCUGGUGGCUCACUUCCGUACAGUAUACAGACAGCACAGAAACAGCUGUGGUUGCAUUCCUAUUUUCACAAAUGGUCAGCGGAAGUCACGGGUCGAACUCAUGCCAUGCCUCACAUUAAGACUUACAUGAGACUCUCUCCUGACUUCCAGAAGAUUGCUUGGUUCUUGGUAACAAGUGCCAAUCUAUCUAAAGCAGCCUGGGGAGCUCUGGAGAAAAAUGGCAGCCAGCUGAUGAUCCGUUCCUACGAACUUGGAGUUCUUUUCCUGCCUUCAGCAUUUGGAUUGGACAAAGGUUACUUUCAUGUAGGAAAGGAAAAGCUUCCAGAAAGGAAAGAUUCAGCAACACAUUUUCCUGUACCUUAUGACCUCCCACCAGAAAAGUAUGGAAGCAAAGAUCAACCGUGGAUUUGGAAUAUUCCUUACACUGAUGCCCCUGAUACACAUGGAAAUAUGUGGGUUCCAUCAUAAGUGUUUGCAGUACUCUGUGAUGUUCCACUUGCUGACGCUGAGCCUGACUUGCAAAAACUGCUUGUUUCUGUCCUGUAAGCUAUAAUGUCUGCUCUAAUGGCUUAUUUGUAGUUGAAACAUUAAAAUGUUAAUAAGGGAGAGAUUCUUGGAGAAUCUGUAACCACAUUAUUACAAGUGAACCUGCUUUUUUGAAUACCUUUUUAUAUGCUUUUUCUUUACUGUGGUUCCUAAUAUGGUUUUCAAGACAAGAACUGUUCUCAGAGAGUCUCUCUGCAUUUAUAGCUGUAAUUAAUUUUUAAAUUACUGCUCUGUGAGACUGUCAGUUGAUCCCAGUAGCUGGAAUAAAAAUUAUAUGUAAAAUUCAAAUUAAAAUAAAGGCAAUCUUGUUAAUAUAUCCUUUGUUCUGUCUUCUAAAUGUGUACAUUUCAGAUUGGGUUGGAACUUGUAUCUUGCAAGUGUACUCCCAGGUAUUUGAUAAAAUUGACAGCAUCCCAUUAAUAGAACACAUUGCUUGUAUCAAAAUUAGUGUGGCCAGCAGGACCAGGGCAGUGAUUGUCCCCCCCAUGCUCAGCACUUUUGAGGCCACACCUCGAGUGCCGUGUCCAGUUUUGGGCCCCUCAUGACAAGAAAUUGAGGGGCUGGAACAUGUCCAGAGAAGGGCAAUGGAGCUGGUUGGAAAGUCUGGAGCACAAGUCUUCCAAGGAAUAACUGGAGGAGCUAGGAAUGUUUAGCAUGGAGAAAUGGAGUCUCAGUAGAGAUGUUACUGCUCUCUACAAUUACCUGCAAGGAGGUUGUGGCCAGGUAGCAAUCAGCCUCUUCUCCCAGGUAACAAGUGAGGGGACAAGAGGAGUCUGAAGUUUCACCAGGUAAAGCUUAAAUUGGAUAUUAGGGGAAAAUCCUUCACUGAGGGUUGUCAGACAUUGUUCAAAUUAGUUUGUUAGUGUCAAGGUUAUGAUGUUCCUGAAGAAUUUUUGUUCAGUAUCAAAAGUAAUGGAGGGCUGGUUUAUUUGCUUUUCUGUCAGGAUAUUUCAUUAGGCAUAAAGUUGGCUCAGGAGUACAUUGCAGCCAUUCCAGAGCUUCACCAAAGAAAAUCAGUGAGUUUUGGUUAAGUGUACCAGCUAAGCAUCUCUAAAGGAGACCUCUAAUUAAAAAGUACUGACACUGUCAAUGAGAGUAACUAAACGUCUGCAUGAGUCUUCCAAGUAAUUUGAUGAUGCAUUAAUAAUAGUAAUAAUAAUUCUGCUCUGACCAGACACUUAUUAGUAAUCAUUAUUGGGGUACUCAGUGACUGUUAGCUUUCUUAAUUACAGGGCUGCCAGUCAAUAUUAUCAACAGAAUUGGUAAAUAUAUUGAUUUUUCUUUCCUAUUAUUUUACAAUUAUGCUAAGCCUUACCACGACCAAUGUGUUGUCCCCAAAUGCCUGCACACAGGCACGAGGGAGCUGUGUGCUCGUGCUGCUGAGGGGUAGGGAAAGCAGCAUGUUUCCUGAUAGUGAUGCCAAGUGACUGUUCUGAGGGUAAUGGCAUUGCAUUCAGGGCUCAGGCUUGCAAGAUAUUCACUUUGAUUAGGGGUUAAUUAAAUGUCAGCAACAUGUUUAACUACUUACUUUUUUUGUUUUUUACCUGAAACUAAAAGUUACUUUUUAUUUUUCUUAUGCCAGUGAACACACUGCAUUUCUGUAUUCCACCUUGCUUAAAUGUUAUGGAUGGCUGACUGAUUGCACUGUUCCUGCUGUCCACACACUCCAAUUUUUCCAGCUAUUUAUCCAAGAGCA